CCUCUGCAUCAUGAGAGUCAUUGUCGUGGUCGGUGCUGGGAGCAUUGGCUCCAACAUUGCUUACCACCUUGUUCAUCACGCAUCCUUUGAUGCCUCCAAGGAUAAAGUCAUUGUCAUUGACAGAGAGGGCGUUGCAUGCGCUGCGUCAGGAAAGGCAGGCGGAUUCUUGGCACAAGAUUGGUCAGACGGGACACCCCUCCAAUCUCUUGCUCGUGCUUCUUUUAAGCGGCACGCAGAAUUAGCCAAGCUGCUUAAUGUGGAUUACGGAUAUAGGCCAAUGGACACCUUGCAUGUCGCUUUCAGUGAGAGAGGAGGAAAAAAGAGCGUGUGGUGGUUGAAUCAGGACAAGGUCUCUCGUGUCAGUGUUAUGGGGACAACGUCGAAUACUGCUCAAGUACAUCCACGCCUCUUAAUGAACGCUCUGAUGGACGACGCAGUCAAAAAUGGAGCUCAACUGGUCCUCGGGACAGUAGUCAACAUUGACACAUCUACAAAUACAAUCCACUACAUUCCAAAAGACGCUUCCACCGCAGAAGAAACCAUGACUUACACCGAUAUCAUCAUUGCGAUGGGACCUUGGACGGGGACGGCAUCAGCCUGGAUACCCAACAUCCCAUCAUCCAUAAACGGAUUCAAGGCUCCCAGUAUUGUCUUUAAGACAUCCGAUCUCCCGCAAAUGGUCUCUCCUCAUGCCAUCUUUACCCAGAUUUCGAUGAAGGGCAAGGUAGCCUCGCCAGAAAUAUACCCAAGACCCGACGGAACCGUGUACAUAUGCGGGGAGUGCAUCACCCCCGAUACACUACCACCCUCUCCCGCUGAUGUUGCGCCCUCCCCUGCCGACAUGGAGGAACUCAAAAAACUUGCGGCGCAAGUCAUCCCUGAUGUUGCUGCAUGUCCCGUCAUAGCCGAGCAAGCAUGCUACGUUCCCGUACCGCCGGGAAAUGUGCCCGUGAUGGGACGCGUAAAAGGAUACGAUAAUGUAUAUGUAGCGGCGGGACAUACAGUUUGGGGAAUACUGAAUGGACCUGGAACCGGGAUGGUGAUCAGUGAAUUGGUUCUGAGUGGGCAAGUGACGUGUGGGAUUGAUGUAAGUGGGAUCAUGGAUGGAGGAGUCUUUGCCGUUGACGAAUAGGUGGAUGUGGAUGUAUGAUGUGCAUUGGGGGUUUUUUUUGUACACUUUGCAGGGCUGUGCAGAUAAAUGCAGGUCGUAGGGUAGGUUGUAGUGUCAGUGGUAGCGUUGCGAACAGGGAAGGCUGAGAAUGGGGUUUGCGUAUAUGUUAUACAAUCUGUGAGGUUCAAACAAUAAAGAGAAUAUAUUUUGG